CAGAGAAAGCGUUACUAAUGGCUUUUUAUAGCGAGGACACUGAGCGCAAUGGGGUCAAGUGAGUUGCCAAGGAUCACACAGGGAAAUUGUGGUUAGGAGGAAUUUUCUUGUUUGAUGUACUUUGCCUUUCUCAAGAUAAAACCCCCUAAAAACGGCGUUGGACUUCCCGUGCUGGGAUUGAAAGCUUCUGUGUAAACCAGGUGGUGAUGCUCCAAACUGCCAUAGAAACUUACAUUUCAACGAGGAAUCACCCAGUGUAGACCUGGAGAGCCUGCUGGGGCACAGGUAUUCCCAGAACACACUCUUAGACCCGUCUGGUGCUGCAGAAUUGCCUCCUCACCUUGUUUUUGGCCAUUGCCUGAAACUGUGAAGCAGCCUCGUGAGGCUGAUGAAGAGUGCGGCACAGUCCCCAGAACCUGGACGAGUCUUUGUGGUCUGUACUGCCUGUAUUUUUCGCCUGUCCAUUGCUGUCUGCUCCCUUCUGUGCUUUGGGCCUCCCCCCUGCGCUGGGACAACAUCCCGUGUCACACUGGUGUCACUGGGAAGAGGUGGUCAAUAAUAAACCUAUUAGCGGUCAGGUUAAAGGGCCGGAGCGCGGCAGACAAAUAGAUGCGGCGGGAGGCUGCCGACUGUUGUUUUAUUCAUUUGUUCAUUACCGAACACUGGAGCAGGAGCUGAGAUGAGAGGCUGGACGGCUUCUCCUGCCCCUGACCUCUGUUUUGAUGGAGAAGCUGGUAAGCACAAGGCAGAGCUGCUCCCGUCCCGGAUUUGCUACUGAAAGCAGCCGGGCUGGUAGCACGCGGGUGCUGAACGGCUAAUGAAGGCCCAGGGGAGCCGGGGAUUAUCUAGGAAGGCAACUGACCCUCUCUUAGGUGUUUAUACAAAUCGCGGCUGAAGGUAAAUGCAAACUCUGUCAGUUAUCCUACAGGGGAUGUGCGGGCUCCAUGGCUGCGUAAUUUCCCUAAUUAAAGCCAUUUGACUAGGUUUAUUAUUUGAAAAAGGAAAAGAAAAAUAUUCCAGGCGUUCAGAACCUCCCCCUUUCCUUUUCCCUAUCUUUAUUAUCAAUAAAAAAAGAGAGAAAAUGCUGUCUGGACUUGAGGAUUUCCUUCACAUAUGGAAAAGAUUUAGCAUUCUUCAGCUCCCAGCAUCGGCAGUGCACAAACCUCCCCGCCAGCAUUCCCUGUCUGCUCCCCGUGUUUCCACAUCUCCGUACACAGAACGAAUGCAUGUGCUGGUGGUUCUGCAGGUUUGGGUUUGUUUUUUUAAUCCAAUAGAAAUGAUUUUCGAGAGUUCAGUCGCAGGCACGUGAAUCAUCUCGCAGACAACUUGGAUGUUUUAUCGGUGUGCAAACUCCUUGUGCAUUUGCGUUUCUGUGCUUAUGUUCUGGUACUGAUUUGGAUGCGAUGGAGCGGCAUCCGUAGGGACUGCACCUGCUCGUCGUCUUGGGUCAAUUCCCAGUGGGAUCAGAUGUCCAGAGCUUGGCUGGCAGUUAAUAUGGACUGGCAAGAGCUUUGCUUUCAUGUGCCUGGUUUUUUCCAUGGAAGCUUUUUGCCUCGCAGCUCUCAUAGCAGAGGCUUUUCCAUUGCUGGGAUCAAUUAAAUGCUCACCAGGGACUCUCUCUGCGAGGAUUCUUUCCUUUUCUGGCUGACUUUGAAUGUCACACCAGGGCGUUCAGCUGUUCUGACCUCCCCGCAGUAGCUCCCAGGGCAGGAAACCUUUGCUAACCCUCCCUUCCUGCCUCUCCCCGAGUCCUGUGCUCUCGGCCGUCAUUCCAUCUGCAAACUCUCCUGGGGCUCUUGGGCAACGCUUUGGUUUCUCGUAUUCUUGGCUGGGAGAGCACAACUGCAGGGGAGAGCUACGAGGGGCUGGAUGGGUGGGGGGAGAAAGGCUUUACUUCGUAAUUCCACUGACCUUGCUCAGCCACACGGAGCAGAAUGUUCCCUCGCUCUCUGCAUGGGCAGAAACAUCACCACAGUUUGCUUUUCCGUCUUUCUGGUGGUCCCUUGCUAUCAUGAUACAACGAUCAGGCUUCUCCACUCAGAACCGGGGUCGCCUGGCAGAGAAGAGGACGAUCCCCUUACCUCCAACCAGGAUCCCGAAGAAAGAGCUGACGUCAGUUUUCUCACAUAGUGACGACAGCGAAGAGAGUGAUAAGAGCAAUGGUCAACACCCUGAAGUAAAGCAGGAGGAGGAUCUCCACAUCAGUAUCAUGAAAAGAAGGAUACACACCCACUGGGAUUUAAACAUCUCCUUCCGAGAGACCUCUUGCAGCCGCGAUAACGACCUUUCCACUAUCAUCUCCAACCUGCAUCAGAGCCGUCAGCUCGUUAUGCCAGAGACCCAGAGCCGCUGCGAAUUCAAGAGAAACAGCAUCGACGUUGGCUUGGGAGCAGCAGAUGAAAUUUUAGGCAAGAGAAGAGUAUGUUCUCCCAACAGCAGCAGUGAGUGUCCUUUAGAAAGCAAGAAAGCCAGAAGUGAGUCCCCAAAGGAAAACUCCCACACGCCUCUGCUGGAGGACUCGGUGACUCAGAUGACCCCAGAAGAGCACUAUAGACGCAUGAUGUCGGCGCUGAACGAACACAGCACGUUUGAAGAGCAGCAGCAGCAACGUCUGUACCAGCUGGCCAACAGCAUGGCCGUGCCCAGCCACGGAGAUCUCCUCCGGGCGCGGCAAGAGGUGGCGGCGGCAGCGCGCAACCCCGGCGCGAUGGAAGCGCACAUCCCCUCGGCCAGCAACUCUUCCAGCCAGCGGAGGAAGCAGGGCCUCCCCCAGCACAGGGACACCCACUUCCCCGAGAGGGAAAUAUCGCACCCACCGCCUCUGCUUUCACCCCAGAACGCACCCCAUAUUGCCCUGGGGCCCCACUUGAGACCUCCGUUCCUCGGGGUGCCUUCGGCUCUGUGCCAGACUCCAGGUUAUGGGUUCCUACAGCCGGCACAAGCAGAGAUGUUUGCACGGCAGCAGGAGAUGCUACGAAAGCAAAACCUGGCAAGGUUGGAGAUGUCAGCUGAGAUCAUCCGCCAGAAGGAGCUGGAGAAUCUCCAUAGACAAAGGCUACUGGCUGGUGACCCCCUGAGCCUCCAUCCCGGUUUGCCCCCCGACCACCCGGCCCUGCGCAAUGUGCACGACAUCCCCGAGGGCCACCCGCUGCGGGAGGAGCUCUCCCGGAGGAACGCCAUGCUGGUGCUGCGGCACAACAACACCCCCCUGCUGUCCCUCAACCCCAGCGUCCCCAGCAGCUCCACGCCGCCCAAGGAGCAGCCCCGGCGCGGCAGUCGCAAAUCGGCGCAUCACCGCGCCGAGCCGCAGGGGCUGAGCGAGGCCAAGGAGCUGGCGGAGCCCCGCGCGCGGGACGGGGCGCCGGACUGUAACGACGAGGAGAUGAAGGACUCUGAGAGCGACGCGGACGUGAGCGACGAGAAGCCGGAGAGCCUGAAGGCCGAGAGCAGCAGCUCGGCCGCUGAGCUGAAGGAGUGCAAAGAGACGGGCAAAGUCUGCGAAGGGGCCAAGGAGCUGGGUGAAGCGGCUGCCGGCCAAAACGCUCCCUGCAGCUCCUCGAGCGCGGAGUCCCCCAGCCAUUUGCUUGGUCCGGGCAUCAACAAAAACGAGGUGAAAUAUCUCCCACCAGCCUCCAUCCCGCCGCCCCAGCCGCUGCCCUUUGGGUUCCCGUACACCAUGAGCCCGUACUUCCAUGCAGGCACCAUGGGAGGUCUGUUUCUGGACGGCGAGGAGAGCCCCGCGCUGGAGGACAUCAGCAAGUGGACGGUGGAGGACGUCUGCAGCUUCGUGUCCAGCCUGGCCGGCUGCACCGAGUACACUCAGGUUUUCCGCGAGCAGGCGAUCGACGGCGAGACGCUGCCCCUCCUGACCGAGGAGCACUUACUGAACAACAUGGGGCUGAAACUGGGGCCCGCGCUCAAGAUCAGGUCACAGGUUGCCAAGCGGGUGGGCCGAGUGCUGUACAUGGCGGGGUUCCCCAUGGCGUUCCCGCUGCAGCCGCCCGGUUUGCGGCCCCCGGAGCGGGAGGUGCCGGCGGCCGAGCUGCGACCGUCGUCCACGGGCAGCGUGGCCUCCCCGUUCGGCGGCCUCCCCUCCGCCAGCCGCGUCUCGCCCAAGCAGGAGAACGGGAACCCCUCCAUCAUCGCCGGCAUCAGCGACGCCGCCAAACCGCCCUCGUAACCACGGGCCGGCUCGCGGGCCGCGUCUGAACUGAGCUUGGGCGGAACGGACCGGAGGUAACGCGGUUGAGAGGGCGGAGGAGCCUCCCCGGGCAGCGCAGGCGGCGGAGUGAGGAAGGGAGGGGUUUGUAUUUUACUUCUGGAUGCAUUUGCUUUUUGUUUUAAAAAAACUAUAAAGGGAAGGAAAGAAAACUAUCCAAAGAUGUACUGAGACAGCGCAAGCGAAGAGAAAGACGAUUCAUUCUGGAGGAUGGCAGCAACAUCCCCGUUCCCUUGCACGCCCCGUCGCGCUCACCGAGAUGCAGAGCCGUGGAUGGGAGAAAAUGCUUUUCUGUGAGAAACACGGAUUUCAGGAACUUCUGGGUGUGACUGUGAGCAAGGAAGGGGAACGGGCACCGCUCCUCCAACGGUACUGAGCACCCCGAGCAAAAAACCAUCAGAAACGCAACCAACCACCUUCCCAAGUAUCUCCUCCUCCCUGGAAACUGUUCUCAGUUCCUCAGUCAGGUGUCGUCUAUGCAUCUCUAGCAACUUUUAAAACAAUACCAAAGACAGACAAAAAAAAAGGAUUAAAAAAAAGGCAAGUUCGGGUCCAUGUUUACGUGGUGUGGAUGGUACGCAGGGCGGAGGCAGCUCCGCGCUGUCCCGCACGCAGGACGGACUCUGCCCUGCAGUGUUCUGCUUUAUUUUCAUUAUCUAUUUUGUUUUAAAGAGAAGAAGGAAGGAGCGUGUGCGUGGGCAGGAUCAGGGGCUCAGGCCCCCUCCCUCCUUCCCGCGUACAACAGACUCAUUUCUCCAUUUAGGGUGUUUUUAAUUCAUUUUUGUUGCUGUCGGUAGGGUUGGUUUUGUUCUUUCCAGCCUUGGUACAGAGGUGGAUGUAGUUGCACAUUCUGGGCUGCGGACGAGCCGGUUCCUGCGCGUUCCCCGAGCACGGGGAGGGAUGUGGGGGGUUCAGCCUACAAACUAUGGGUAGAGUUUUUACUACUGUGAACGAUGGUAACUCCUGGGGUGACCUCCUGUGACUUGUACAGUUGUGAACAACAAUCACAUGUGGUACUUUUCUCUCUCUCUCCCCCCACCUGUUUUUUUUUGUUUAAUGUUGCACGUGCUACCGUUUUUCUUACAAAAAUAGCUUGGUGGUACAUUAGCUUCUUUAUAUUGUAAAAAAAAAAAGAAAAAAAGAGAAAAAAAGACAUUAUCCAUCACAUCACAAUAAAAAUGCUUUCCAGCAAUCGAUUUAAAUAAAAAAGAAAAACACUUAAUUUACAAA